AUGAAGUCGAUCUUUUCUCUUGUAGCCCUUUUCGGCAUCGCUCUGGCUCAAAACGCUCAUAUCGGACUCCCUACGACUGGCCAGAAGCUCAGUCGAGGUGACGAUGUCACGGUUCAGGUCCAGCGACCUAACACCUUAAGUCCCUCCCAAGAAAUGGCUGUCGCAAUUGGAAUUGCCUCGUGCGGUAAAAAGGGCUGCAAUGUCGCCAGCGAUGUCCUGGGCACUGUUGUCUACAACGGCAAAUUCAAGCCCGAGUACCAUGAGAGUGGCUUGCCUCCCUACCAGAACUUCACUGUAAAGGUCCCGGACUCGUUGGCCCAGGGACGGGCGCAGGUUAAUGUGGCGCAUGCGACCCUAGUCGGGGCUGGGCCGCAACCCUACCUCGAAUCCCUGAACCGGACCGUGGUCAUUGUCUAG